AUGUCUGCAACUCGGAAGUUCCCUACAGUUGAAAUUGAAGCAAAGGACGACAUGGCGAACGACCGUACUACCAACAGCGUUCACGCAAACAAUACAUCUGUGCCUGCACCACCCAGGCUGGUCACUCCCUCUGGUGCCGACCUGACCUUGUCAGACUUGAACGUCGGGAGCAACACCCCCCACCUUUCUUCUCCCAUCCACACACCCUCAACGCCCGGCCAUUUCAUCAACCAAGAGCCAAACCCGACGUCCUUCUCCUGCUCUCCAACUCUCGUUUCCUCCAUCUUCCCGACCGAGCUACCUCUCCGUACCCCACCUCGCCCUUCGCUCAUCAGCCGUGUAUUCAGCCUAUCACCGCCGUCUGUGCAUGCAGCUCGCGCUGGAAAUCGUGAACCUCGUACUUUUCAUACACCAGACAUUGAGAUGGGUGGACGGGAGCGCUUGACUCACGUCUUGCAGCAAGAUGAGAGGGCCAAGAAUAUCGAGAAGAUUGAGAAGGUCAAGCUGGCGUUGCUGCUAGUGGGUGGGACGACGCUUUGUUUAGCGAUGGGUAUAAUGGUGUAUUUGGUUGUGAAGUUUGCUGCGGAGGAUGACAGGCAUUAG